AUGGCUGUGUCGACUGCGCGAUCCGGGAACAGCGACGAGGAGUCGGAGAAGAAUGCCGCCGCAGACCUGGAAGAAAAGCCCAGCCCGGAUGCGUCUCCCAUCUGCCCGGUGAAGGCGUUGGAAGCGGACGAGGAGGAAGAUAAUAAUGUCUACAAACCGCAUGCUGGAGAAGAACAAGAAGAAAUCGAUCCUAGCGAGGAAAAAAGAGUCCUUCGAAAGAUUGACCUGCGGCUGAUACCGGUGCUCUGGCUGAUCUAUCUGCUGCAAUACCUGGAUAAGAAUGGCAUCAACUACGCUAGUGUCUAUGGCCUGGAAGAGGGGACCAAGUUACAUGGACAGCAGUAUAGUUGGCUUUCGAGUAUCUUUUACUUUGGUGAGUGAGACACACAGGAACCUCCUUCCAUGUAUGUUAGGAUCGAAGCACGAUGAAGCUGAUCCGCUUGAGAUGAAAAGGAUACCUAGCCGGCCAGUUUCCCGCCUCGUAUCUCAUGCAACGACUCCCCAUUGGGAAAUUCCUCGCCUACAGCACUCUAGCCUGGGGCAUCAUCCUCAUCACCACCCCAGCCUGUUACAACUUCGCCGGCAUCGCGAGCAACCGCUUCCUGCUCGGCUUCGUCGAAGCAGCCGUGAACCCCGGCUUCGUGCUGCUCAUGUCCAUGUGGUAUACCGUGCGCGAGCAACCCGUGCGUCUCGAGGCAUACUACUGCACCAACGGCAUCGCGACCAUGUUCGGCGGCCUGAUCGGCUACGCCGUCGGGCACAUCAACUCGGGCCUGCCGCGCUGGAUGUACGUCUUCCUGAUCUUCGGCGCCUGCAGUUUAGCAGGCGGCCUCUACGCCCUGAUCGUCCUGCCGGACAUGCCGUCGAAAGCGAAAUUCCUCGACGAGAGACAACGCUCCAUCGCCGUCGACCGCGUCGCGCGCAAUCGCCAGGGCGUCAAGAACAGCCACUUCUCCACCCACCAGGCCCGCCAGACCCUCGCCGACCCCAAGACCUGGAUCCUCUUCGUCAUGGCCAUCGGCGCCCAGAUCCCCAACUCCGCCCUCACCAGCUUCACCUCCCUCAUCAUCAAGUCCUUCGGCUUCGGCACCCUCGGCACGCAAUACCUGCAGAUCCCCGGCGGCGCCGUGCAAUUCCUCUCCCUCCUCGGCGGCGGCAUCAUCUGCUCGCGAUUUCCCAAUAUCCGCUGCGCCGCCAUGAUCGUCGCGAAUACCAUCUGCAUCCUCGGCUCCGCGCUGCUGGUGGGCCUCCCCGAGACGGCGAAAUGGGGCCGUCUGGUCGCCAUCUGGCUCUGCUAUUUCCAGGGUCUGGGCUUUUCCAUGUCCCUGACCAUGGUCAGCUCGAAUGUCGCCGGGUAUACCAAGAAGCAACUCACGGGCGCCAUCCUGUUCACGGGUUAUUGCGUGGGCAAUAUCAUCGGUCCUCAGACUUUCAAGAGCAGUGAGGCGCCCGGGUAUCAGUCUGCGUAUAUCGCGUAAGUAUCUACUUUUCCCCCUUUGGAAAGGUGUUUUCUUCGCUUUUCGCUGACGAUUAUCGUAGUAUGCUAGUCGGAUACUGCGUCAAGCUCGGCAUGGUCGUCCUCCUCUACUUCUACAUGGUCUCCGUCAACAAGAAACGCGACCGCGAGGCCGCCCUGAAUGGGACUUCGCGCGAGGCGGAAGAAAAGGCAGCGAUUGCGAACGGGCUGCAUGACAUGACGGAACUCGAUAACAAGGGCUUUAGAUACGUACUUUGA